CGUCAACUAUCCGGGGGUUACCGCUACUGUUUGCAAGGGCACCGCACCCAAGAUUGUCGACCAAAAAUUGUAGCGAUAUAUGCCGUGAAAAAGGGGGAAAAUUUGGGUCUUUAUGACUAUUUUGGCGGAUAUUGUUCAUAUUCAAUUUUCAUAGGAUUUUUUUAUUUCUAGAAAAUAACCAUGAGUAGUGAACUAGAAGCCCUCCGCCAGGAAACGGAACAGUUAAAAAACCAAAUCAGGGAGGCACGAAAGGCUGCUGCAGAUGCCACCCUAGCCCACGCCACGGCAAAUUUAGAAGCCGUGGGAAGAAUACAGAUGCGUACGAGACGUACACUUAGGGGCCAUCUUGCAAAAAUUUAUGCCAUGCAUUGGGCGUCAGAUUCCAGAAAUCUAGUAUCAGCUUCACAAGAUGGUAAAUUAAUAGUAUGGGAUGGAUAUACAACUAAUAAGGUACAUGCUAUUCCAUUGAGGUCCAGCUGGGUUAUGACGUGUGCCUAUGCGCCAUCCGGCAGCUAUGUGGCUUGCGGGGGUCUGGAUAAUAUUUGUUCAAUAUACAGUUUGAAGACACGAGAAGGAAAUGUGCGAGUUAGUCGAGAACUACCAGGCCAUACUGGCUAUCUAUCAUGUUGUAGGUUUAUAGAUGAUAACCAAAUAGUAACUAGUUCAGGAGAUAUGACCUGUGCACUGUGGGAUAUAGAAACCGGUCAACAAACUACAUCGUUCACAGGUCACACCGGCGAUGUUAUGAGUUUAUCUUUAGCACCAGAUUUUAGAACAUUUGUUUCAGGGGCCUGUGACGCCUCCGCAAAGCUUUGGGAUGUUAGAGAUGGCAUGUGCAAACAGACUUUCUCAGGACAUGAGUCAGAUAUCAAUGCAAUCACAUACUUUCCCAACGGAUUUGCAUUUGCAACUGGAUCUGAUGACGCUACUUGUCGUUUGUUUGAUAUUCGAGCUGAUCAAGAGAUCGGCAUGUAUUCACACGAUAACAUCAUUUGUGGUAUCACAUCCGUGGCCUUCUCUAAGAGUGGACGCCUUCUGUUGGGAGGCUAUGAUGAUUUUAACUGCAAUGUAUGGGAUGUCCUAAAGCAAGAACGAGCAGGUGUAUUAGCUGGUCAUGAUAAUCGUGUUAGUUGUUUGGGUGUUACCGAGGAUGGCACAGCCGUAGCAACCGGAUCCUGGGAUAGCUUCUUAAAAAUCUGGAAUUGAGGCUAAAUGUCCUCACGAACUUGUGUCUUGUUAGCUUCUCUUUUCUAUUAACGGCAGUUUAAAUCGUGAAAGGGGAGGCAAUUCUUGUAUUUGACAAGUCAAAAGAACUAUUAAUUUAGACUGUUGACAUUGUGCUAGAAGAUUUCAAUAUGGCCAGAAGAAGAAAAUAACAAGAUAGAACAGAAAUAUAAAAUGAAAACUUAAAAAAAAAAAAAACAAAAAGAAAAAACAUCAUUGAGUGUAAAUAUGUAACUGGUGUACUAAGACGUACAGCGGACAAUUUAUGUAAAUGUACUGUCUCUUCUACUUGACCGUUUUGUUUCCUUUUAUUUGAUUGGUAGGUUAGCUCAUCACAAAGCUGCCAAUUAUAAUAUUACCCACAAUACAACAGUCAAAAUGGAUCCAGUACAUCUGCUCAAAAAACAAGGAUGACAAUAUUACAAGCCUCUUCAAAUUACCCGACAAAUAAUAAUUCUUCUCUCUCUUCAAUUUGACGGAAUUCUAUACUUCAUGUUUUUUAAUCUUAGGUGUUUGUUUCAUAGUUGUCAUGACAACACGAUGUUGUGACAGUAAUUGAUGAGAUGGAGACCUUGGAUCUAUUCACACACCUGUUUUUGAAUUGUGAGUCGCCUCGUUGACGUCGUUAUCAUUGGCUUUCUGAUAUUCUGUAGUUUUCGUGACUACGAUUUGAAGGAAGCGGUUUAUUUUUGUUCCGCUUAUGGACGGAAAUUGCUUAAUUCUGUUCGCGAACAGGGGUAAGAAUGAAUUCUCUCUAAUUUUAUUAAUUUUUGUUUUUAUGAAUUAAUCUGUACCAUUAUUUAUAAAAGAUUUUUUAUAUUGAUAUGAUGAUCAUGUAAUGCAUUUUUAAUUAACAGUAAAAGUGAUAAAAAUCCAAAAACUCCUGUGAAGAUAUAAAUCAAACUUGACUUAAUUUUUUUUGUUUUUCAUCAUUUUUAAAUUUUAUUUUGACGGCACGAUCCGAGUCAUUCUAAACAAUAAAUAUUCAACUUUUUUUUUUUUAUUUCUGUACUCAUUACCACAUCAGAAAAAUGACAAGUUUGAAAACAAAACUUGAAAGGAGACCCAAACAUUCACGAGCUCAAAGCAUUUACAAUUAAUUAUUUUAUAUGUGCGUGAUGUAAAAUUAGAUGUUGCCAUGAAAACAGUAGUCUUGAUUAACUUGUGAUCGAAACGUUUCAUUUCAUUUUGUGUGAAUUUGAACUCGUUUUGAAUGCUUGUAUAAUAGAAUGACCAGGUUUUAUCUUUUUCGUCAGUUUGAAUCGUAAAUAGAAAUAAUAAACAAUAUGGCUUAAAUUUUGGGCGUGUGCAAUUUGUAAAAUUUAGAUUUAAUUACAAAAUCUUUAAAAUACAUGAAAUUGUGUACAGUGAUCUUUUCUAGAUUUUUUUUUUUAUUAUUUGGUUUCAAACUAUUGUGAUUAAACCAACAAAAUAGGUCAUAACAGAUUAGUAAAUGUAUGAAGUUUUUAUAGCGCGUAUCUUUGUAAAUAUGAUUUCUAUUUAAAAAUUCAUCAGGUUCCGAGCAGAUGAUGAGGAUUCCAAAUCGAGAUCGAAAGAUUAAAAAAAAAAUCGCAAAUUGAAAAUUGUGUCUUAAAUCAUGUAAAAUAAAGAAACAUCAUUAUUAAAACGGAUGUUAAACUGUUCUAUCCUUUGUGUCCAGAAGUCGCGAAAUAAUGCGAUUAUUAAUUUGCAAAUUUUCUAUCUUGACAGUAUUACUCGUAAUUUUUCGACCUCGUUUUCAAAUCCUUGUCGAUUAGGUUAGUUGUCUUUACGUAUUUAACGAUUGAGUCAGAUGAAUGCCGCUAUUUUUUGUCCAUAUAUAUAUAUAUAUAUAUAAAUAUAUAUAAUUAUGAAUAUUUGUGUGUUUAUGGAAUUCCUAAACCCAUUUUAAAAACCUUGAUGUAUGAUCAUGAAGGGAAUUAGGUAAGGGAUUUUGUAUAUUCAUCAGUUUAUGUAAUUAAAUAUUGUCCUGUUAAGAAGAUUCCAAAGCAACGUCAUUUUGUGCUAAAUUAUAACACAAUUAAUGCCUACAUUAGCUAAUAUGUCUCGUCAGAUUUCAUAAAAAACAUUGACAGUAAUAGUUUCAACAAAUCUAAAUUAUUAGUCAAUAUGUCGGGUUUGAUGGCUGUGAAUUCCAAUCUAGUUUUUGUUGGCAAAUUCUGAAAAUUCUUCAUUUUUCUACGAAAUUGAGACACAAAUCUUGACAUUGAAAUCUGGACUUAAAUUUAUGGCCGUCCCACUCGACUUUAAAAAUCAUAAUAUUUAUUGCAAUCAUCUUUUCUGUUUUAAUUUUUGUCACUAUUAGAAAUGUAGGAUAAUUUUUAAAAAGGGCACGUGACCGAGAAAUGCUAUUUCCCUUGAUCCUUCAAUUAACUCUUUAUGAAAUGUUGUCCAUCGCGUCUUUUAUCAUUCGUCAUCAUGAAUACCGAAAGACCAAGUAUAUAAUCUUCAUUGAAACAUGUAGAUAUUAAUUAAUUAUUUGUGUGAUAUUCGGCAGUGUAUGUGCAUGUUUGUGGCUAGAUUCUCACUAAUCGGUGUGCACUCAUCUUUUAAAAAAAAAAAAAACACAGCGUUUCUCUUAAAAGUAAAGAGAAAAGGCCUUGCCAAAUUUCAUUCACAAAACGACACAAAUAUUAAAUUAUUGUUUCUGUUAUAUAUUUCGUUUCUUAAUUUUUUAUUGACUGAUUAUCGCGAUCUGAAGCACAAAAUCGUUGAUCAACACCUUCGUUCAAGCGUGAAUUUACUAAGAGCAAGAAAUGUACGUCGACCUCCCUGCAGGUUGGUUCAAUUUUAUGAUUGGUCAAUUACUUGGGUAUUUCUAUCAUCAUUCGUUUUGAAAGUAUGGCACAUGUUUGAAACGUUUACAUCUCGGGGACGAUUGUCCUUUCAUCUCUAGUUCUGCUUAGAAUAAAUCAUAAAUUCGCUAGAAUAGGUCAAAGGUCAGUCAAGCUUUUGUAUUUUGCUACCAUCUAUCUGCAUCUUCGACAUAUCUUAGGAAUUUUUCUGUAUUCAUUUUGAAUAUGGACGUGCAUUGUUGUAAGACUAGAACGUACAAGGCUAUGAGAUUAUUGAAUGCUUUCUCAUCAAUUCAUAAUUCUCUUUGUUUCCAUAGAAACUAGUUACUAUGGCUACAGGUGCUGCACAUUGUCAUAGUUACUAAGCCAGUCGUGUAAGUUUAUGAUUUGGUCCACUUUGAUUUCCUCCUCUCAAAGCUGACUUGGACCAUUCAUAAUUCUAUUGUCGUCGUGGAAACAAAGUGAAGAAACUGGUGUCAAGUUUUUAUCGUCAUCUCAUUUUGGAAGACGGGAUCUGUCGUCUUCGCUAAUGAAAUCAUUCUAAUGUUUCUAAGUUGAUUAAAUGAUAUAAAUGUGUUAUAAUAGUUAAAUAACUUAUAAAUAAAUGUAGCGCAUGAAUUGGAUUUGAUAUAACACCACCAUAUUUGGACUAAAGUUAUGAAUCAAUCAACAUUUGAUUGGAUAACUGGUCGACCAAUGAAAUCUUGUUCCCACUAUUUAAAUACUACCAUAAUCUAUGUAUGCGAGAAUGUUGAUAUAGUGUUGAGUGUCUGUAUGUACUGUUUAUUCUCCAACCUUUGCUUGUGUACCAAUGUAAGUAAACUCUUCAGAAACAUGUUUUAAAAAUUGCUUAUGUCCUUUGGUAUAAUUAUAAUAACUGUAUAUUUAGUCUCUUCAGUUUUUAGUGCAAACAACAAAGACAACAACUUUUGUUCAAUUUGUUAAUUUAAUUACAAUUUAUCAUUGUCACAUGUAGAAUUUGUGUUAAAUUAAGCGACACAUUCGAAGACAUAUGAUUUAAUUUUUUUUGUAAAAGCAACUGAUAGGUCUGUCCCUCGUGUUUAAAAUGGUACGGACCAAUCAGAUUCGUCGACUAGUCUGAUGAUAAAGAAUUACGUUAACCCACUCAUAUUCUAUGUGUACAUGUAUUAUUUCAUUUGUCAAUUAAAGCUAUUGGUCUUUAAAUAAAAAAAAA